GAAAAGGCUGGAUAGAGUUGUGCUAUAGGUCGCCAUCUGCCGGAAAGAAAAAAAGUUUAAAGUAGCCUUCUGACGAUGCUGCUAAGCUCUGAACAAAAAAAUAGAACAUGUUGUUGCGCAUGUUAAGAUUUUAAUGUUUAAAAGAAUACACGAUUUAGUUCGGUUAUCGACAAAGCUAUAUUUGAAGCUUUAGACCUACAAUACAGAGCUACAAAGCUAGUGGACGUCACAACUUGGCAUCAGUGACCGUAAUAAUCACUGGCAUGCCUCAUGGAAUUGCCAUUCGCACACAUUGAUGAGGGGGCGCACGGGCAGGCAACAGUCAAUCCACUCAGGAUGCCUGGCAGCUCAACAAGUGUCAGCGUUGCAUCGAUGCAAUGAAGACAGACGUUUUACUGUUAUUAGCGCAAUACGGGUUGAAGACCUUGUGAGCGCCCCCAAAGGCUGCCUCCAUCAAGAGCCUCUGCACUAAAGGGAGGAAAAAGAACUUCUCUCCCGGUCUGUGCCUCUAGCGAACUGUCAAAACACACUGCCAGCAUGAGUGGACAUGUCGGCAACCUGAGCCCAAAACAGGCUGAAGCUUUGGAACAGUUUCGUGAGAGGGUUAAGGACAUCCUUCCUGAGUGUCCGUCACAGAGCGACCACUUUCUGCUACGGUGGCUCAGAGCUAGAAAUUUCAAUGUUCAGAAAGCGGAGGCCAUGCUGCGAAAGCAUCUGGAGUUCAGGAAGCAUAUGAAAGUCGAUACAAUAACAACAGACUGGAGGCCACCUGAGGUGAUUGAGAAGCACCUCUCUGGGGGUAUGUGUGGCUAUGACCGGGAGGGCAGCCCUAUCUGGUACGAUGUCAUCGGGCCAGUGGACCCCAAGGGUCUCCUGCUGUCCGCCUCCAAGCAGGACUUCAUCAAGUCCAAAGUCAGAGACUGUGAGAUGCUGCAGAAGGAGUGUGACCUGCAGAGUGAGAAGCUGGGUAAAAACAUUGAGUCGAUUACUAUGAUUUAUGACCUGGAGGGAUUGGGAAUGAGACAUCUUUGGAAGCCGGCCAUAGACACUUACACAGAGGUACUCACUGCGUUUGAGGACAACUAUCCUGAAGGCCUCAAGAGGCUGUUUGUCAUUAAAGCUCCCAAGAUAUUUCCUGUGGCAUACAAUCUGGUCAAACACUUCCUCAGCGAAGACACACAGCGCAAGAUCAUCGUCCUCGGGGCCAACUGGAAGGAGGUGCUGCAGCGACACAUUGACCCCGAGGAGCUUCCUGCCGUCUACGGGGGAAAGCUGACCGACCCGGACGGAGACCCACGCUGCAGGACCAGGAUCAAAUAUGGUGGGCAGGUGCCAAGGUCAUACUACGUGCUCGACUCCAUGAAUAUCCAGUAUGAGAAUGUCAUCACCAUCAGCAGAGGCUCCUCUCACCACCUGGAGUACGAAAUGCUGAUCCCAGGAUCUGUACUGAGGUGGCAGUUUGCCAGCGAUGGGGCAGACAUUGGUUUUGGGGUGUUCAUGAAGGCCAAGCUGGGUGAGUGGCAGCGUGCCAGUCAGAUGAAGGAAAUGGUGGCCAGUGACCGGUACAAUGCCCACCUGGUGCCAGAGGAGGGCUCCCUUACGUGUGCCGACCCGGGAGUGUAUGUCCUAAGAUUUGACAACACCUACAGUUUCCUUCGUUCGAAGACCGUCAGCUUCACAGUGGAGAUACUACAGUCGGACAGCCAAUCACUUAGCGAGAAGAGCGGGACUACAGAGGCCCCCAGCCAAUGAGCUGCUGAAAUAUAAACACGUAUAUGAACAUGGAUAUCUAUAUCUGUAUGGAAGAAGACGUAGGAGUACAUCAAAUUAAUUACACAAGGUUUUAUGAAAACCAGGACAGUUGGGAUCCUGUCGGCUGUUUGAGCUGUUGUUUUUUUAGCCACCUAGAUUUGCCAUCAAUAUAUAUGCAUAUAAACAUGCAUUGUGUAUGAGACAGCAUGUUGAAGCCUGAUCAUAUAGAGCGGUCAACAUCAGCUAACAUGGGGCAACACAGCCAUCCCUACUCAGGGAACAGACAUGAAUUGUUCGGAUAGUGCUGCAACAACCUGGUUUACUUGAAUAUAUGAGUACUUAGAUUAUUUAUGAGAAGAAUAGUCUUACAACUGAUUUUGGUUUUCAUCAUCACUUUUCUUUUACUCACCUUUCUUUCAUCAGCCCAAUUUAUUAUUUAAUAUCAAUGUUUAAAAAGAAAAAUAAUUAUGCACUUUAUUUUGUUAGAAUGUUAAUUGUGAAAUAAUGCAAUUUCAGUUAUAACAUAACAGAAGUUACAGUUAGGUUACAACUUAAAUUGCAAAAUCUCCCAGAUAAUCUGAGGCAUUUCUUGUUUUGUUUCUUUUUUUGAGAUGUUAAUCACACAUUGACCCAAGCAUUGCUUGCAGCAUUGAAAAUCAAUUUGUCAUGACUAUGUGACGUGUGUUGUCACUCAGUAUGAUCACAAUAACAUCACACAAUAUAAAAUAAGAAACUAAUAAUGAAGUGCAUAGAGGUUUUGAGUCUUAAAUGAGUCCAUAAUUUGACAAGUGCUUUGAGAAAUCAUGUUUUUCCCCUUUGGCUGUUGAAGAUCAACAAACCUGGUGUGCUCAGAAUAUUUAGAUACAUAUAUGUACAUGAAUGUAGUUGUUGCUAUUACAUUCAAAGUUAUUCACUAAAUGCAGUCAGUAUUAUCCAUCCAUAGGUUGCCUGUGUUUAGGUAGCAAAAUGUCAAAUUAAUGUUUAUUUGUGAUCUUAAACGAUUAAAUGUCUGUUAACUUAACAAUGAAACACAAAAUAUAGUCAGGUAUUUAAACUAUAUGUGGUUUACUGCAUUUGAGUAAUGCACUAACUAAUGUCAAGAAAAUGGUUAAAUGUACCAUAAUCACAAAGAGCAAAAUAAAAAUGUUUUUAGAAUA